AUUUUCCCCACCAACCCCCCUCUCCCCUUCCGCCAAGUUUGGCGACGCCGCUAAAUUUUUACUCGCCUUCGCAUCCCGAAAACAACGUGCCCAACUUCUGCCGAGGCCCUCGAUUUUCUCAUCCCGGAGGCGAUAUCUUCGAUCGCUCUCUCACUGUCGAUCCUCUCCCUCGCUCUCAUCUCCACCUCGGAAUCGACAUACGGCGCCGUGGCCCCCGUCGUCUUCUUCCUCUCCUCACCUUUUUCCCGCUAAGAUCCCUCCGAGCUCCCUCUCUGGCCCUCGGUCUCAUCGCUCGCUUCGGGGUUCUGGAGGACGAGUCCGAUUCGCUAUAAAAGAAUGGCUGCCACCACAUCUCAUCAGGCCAUUGGGUCCGCCCGUGAAUGUCACAGCAGCUUUGGCUCUCAGAAUGGAAUUAGAAAGUUGUCGGUGAAGAUGGUUUCUAAGGUUUUCGGUGUUGAUUUACGGCUGAUUUCAAGGAAAAAUUGCUGCUCCAAGAGCUGGAAAUUGGGUGUAAUCCAUGCAUCUAGAUCACAUUCUUCAGUAGUUGAUCCAGUUCAAAUACCAUCAAAGAAUAACUCUAGCAAUUCAAAGAAAAAAUCAGAUGAAACUGCGCUUAUAUUGAUCCGGCAUGGUGAAUCUCUAUGGAAUGAGAAAAAUUUGUUUACGGGUUGUGUUGAUGUACCCUUGACUCAAAAGGGUGUGGAGGAGGCAAUUGAAGCAGGUAAAAGAAUAUGCAAUAUACCUGUUGACAUGAUCUACACGUCUGCCUUGAUUCGUGCUCAGAUGACUGCCAUGCUUGCCAUGACACAGCAUCGCCGGAAGAAGGUUCCAAUUUUCAUGCACAAUGAGAGUGAGCAGGCCCAGAGAUGGAGCCAGAUCUAUAGUGAGGAAACAAAGAAACAAUCUAUUCCAGUGAUAGCUGAUUGGCAAUUGAAUGAGAGAAUGUAUGGUGAGUUACAGGGUCUCAACAAGCAAGAAACAGCAGAUCGAUUUGGGAAAGAGAAAGUUCAUGAGUGGCGUCGCAGUUAUGACAUCCCUCCUCCGAAUGGAGAGAGCUUAAAGAUGUGUGCUCAAAGAGCUGUUGCUUAUUUCAAAGAGCAGAUUGAACCUCGACUUUUGAGUGGAAAAAAUGUGAUGAUUGCUGCACAUGGGAAUUCACUGAGGUCUAUUAUUAUGUACCUUGACAAGCUGACUUCUCAAGAGGUAAUCAACCUUGAGUUGUCAACUGGCAUUCCUAUGCUCUAUAUAUUCAAAGAUGGAAAGUUCAUCAGGAGAGGGAGUCCUGUAGGACCUUCCGAGGCUGGCGUUUAUGCUUAUACUAGGAGUUUGGCUCUUUACAGGCAGAAGCUAGAUGAGAUGUUUCAUUGAUAGUUUUAUUCAGAUUGAUAACGAUGGUCUUCCCAGUUAGUGAUGGCUUAAGCAUCAUUUUGUGAUAUUAGUGGCUUCAAUCAUAUAAGAUCAGUUCCAUGUGAUAGUCGUAGUUUUCGGGUGAUGUAUAAGAGACUGUCACUGGAUUUAUUUGUAAUGUAGGAUCCCUGCAUGUAUUCAUGGGUGGGAUCAACAACAAUGUUUUGUUACAAUUUCCUAUACAGAAGCAAGCUAUAUAAUGACAAUAUGACAAGUAUUUGACAAGAGAA